GUCUUCGUUUUGCUGACUCAAACCACAGAUUCCAAGGAAAGGAGGGGAAAUGGAAUAAAAUACUCAAGUGCCAGAGGAAAAGCAAGACUAGCCAAUGAAAAUGACUGUUACUAAACUGUAGAUUGUUAUCACACACGGUGGGGGGGAAAUUGCUGCCUGUUCAAAGCUUACAAAAUUACUUUUGCAGAUUUCUCUCACAAAACUUCAAAUAAGCUAAGCCCCUUCAACUAGGACUGAACUAGGAAAUGGAAAUAUGAUUCCUUGCUGGUGUCUUCCAUCUUUCUCCCCCUUAGCAGGGUUUUUUUCUUUGGGGUAGGAAGUCCUGAACAAACUGUAUGGCGUCAACCAGACUUACAGUUGAUGGUUAUGGAUGACAUAGGAACUUCAGAUUUACAUCACUGCAAUGAUACUUGUUCAAGGCAAAGCUUGAAAACUGCUCAUCAGCUAUGUUACCAGAACUUGUAAUAGCUAUUACACUUGUAUUUUCUCUCUUUUUCUGAGUUUUGGAGUCUGGGGUGAUGUCCCCUGGAAAGCAAGAGCAGAUAAGUCAUCUUUUAGGAUUGGAAAGAGAAAUAAUAUGAGAAUGCCCAGAAGAGGCUUGGUAAUUCAAGCCAGGACUCGUUGGCUGUUGGUGGGCCUUGCUUUACUAUUCAGUUUAGUCUUGCUCAUGUAUUUGCUGGAGUGUGCUCCGCAGACAGAUGGCAAUGGAUCUCUGCCUGGUGUCGUAGGCGAAAGCAUGGGUAAAGAGUACUAUCAGGCUCUCUUGCAGGAACAAGAAGAGCAUUAUCAAAACCGAGCUACCAGUCUGAAACGUCAGAUUGCCCAGCUAAAGCAAGAGCUUCAGGAAAUGAGUGACAAAUUGAAGUCCCUGCAGGAAAAAAAGAGCCCGAAGGUCAGUGGUAUGAACUACCAGGGCACCAAAGAACAAACAUCCAAUGAUCUCCUAGAGUUUCUUCAUUCCCAGAUUGACAAAGCUGAGGUGAGCGUGGGGGCCAAACUGCCUAGUGAGUAUGGAGUCAUUCCUUUUGAAAGCUUUACAUCCAUGAAAGUAUUCCAGCUGGAGAUGGGGCUCACUCGGCAUCCGGAAGAGAAACCCGUUAGAAAGGAUAAACGAGACGAAUUGGUGGAAGUUAUCGAGGCUGGCCUAGAAGUUAUCAAUAAUCCAGAUGAAGAAGAUGGACAAGAUGAAGAUGAUGGAGUAGGAGACAGGCAGCUAUAUAGUGAAAAUGAUUUUAUAGAAGGUUACUAUCGUACAGAAAGAGAUAAGGGGACCCAGUAUGAGCUGUUUUAUAAGAAGAUGGAUGGCAUGGAGUACAGGCAUGUCACCUUGUUCCGACCUUUUGGACCCCUCAUGAAAGUGAAGAGUGAAACAGUCGAUAUUUCUAGAUCGAUCAUUAACGUUAUUGUUCCUCUUGCUGGAAGAACUGAGGCAUUUGCACAAUUCAUGCAAAACUUUAGGGAUGUGUGUAUCCAUCAGGAUAAACGUGUUCACCUCACAGUGGUGUACUUUGGACAGGAUGGUCUAUCAGAAGUAAAAAGCAUCCUAGAAUCUGUAGCUAGAGAAACUGACUUCCACAAUUACACGCUUGUCUCUCUGAAUGAGGAAUUUAACCGAGGCCGAGGACUUGACAUGGGUGCCAGAGCCUGGGAAAAGGGCGAGGUCCUGAUGUUCUUCUGUGAUGUUGAUGUUUAUUUCACAGCCGAAUUCCUCAACAGCUGUCGCUUAAACGCUGAGCCCGGGAAAAAGGUUUUCUAUCCUGUGGUAUUCAGCCUUUACAAUCCUGCUAUUGUCUAUGCCAACCAAGAUAUACCACCUCCUGUGGAGCAGCAAUUGGUACACAAGAAGGAUUCUGGUUUCUGGCGGGAUUUUGGCUUUGGGAUGACUUGUCAAUACCGGACAGACUUUCUGACUGUUGGGGGCUUUGACCUGGAGGUGAAGGGCUGGGGCGGCGAGGACGUGCACCUGUACAGGAAGUACCUGCACGGGGAGCUGGUGGUGGUGCGCACGCCGGUGCCGGGGCUGUUCCACCUGUGGCACGAGAAGCACUGCGCGGACGGGCUGGCCCCCGAGCAGUACCGCAUGUGCAUCCAGUCCAAGGCCAUGAACGAGGCGUCGCACUCGCACCUGGGCAUGCUGGUGUUCCGCGACGAGAUCGAGGCGCACCUCCGCAAGCAGGCCUACAGGACUAACAGCGAGGGCCUGGGCUGAGGCCAGCGCCGGCGUCGUCUUGCAGCCUUAACUCGCCCACAAACGCAGUGCCUCUCUUUUUCACAAGAGUUCAGAGGGUUUUUGGUUCUCCUGUUUGCCAGUAAUCCUUUGAGCGGUCUUACCUACGUAUCUGAAUUCAAGCACCUCAGCUCGAUUGGACAGCGUAUGUGGUUCAAGGAAGGUGUCUUCAGUAUUGACUGGAAAGAUCCGUGGAAUGUACAAUUCAACACUUCUCCAUGUGGUACAUUUCUGUUCUUACAUUUGCAUUCUUUUGAGAAUUAAAUAAUCUUUUGUGUCUUGAGUAUUUUCAGUCUGUAUGGCUCCCUGCACUGUGACUUUAGAAGGAUGUUGUACUUAGACUGCAUUAUAGAAAAAAGAGAAAGGUGUGGAAAAAUAAUCCCACCAUGAGAGGGAUAUGGGCAUCCUGACCAGUACAGCAGCUGUGCAGGGUGCUAAUUCCGCAGCAAGGGCUUGGUGCCACAUUUGCUGUAUUAACAGACAUUGUCAUGGUUGAAUAGAGAAUAAUUUGGGGGGUGUGGGAAUGAAAAUCCUUUUAAGUGGAAUUUUAGAGCAUAUAAUGGAAGUUCACACUACAAAGGAAACACCACCUUAUUUCAGACAAGUUGGGAACAUUCCAGCUGGGUGUUUCUGUGCCUGCUCUUUUCCCACAGUAGAUGCCACAUCUCUUCUAUAAACUUACCUGUGCUAUUAAACUUGUUUGCUUAAAUAUUUUUGGCCCCUCCUUCUUGUUCCAAGGCCCUGCCUAUAUAUCUCAUCAUUUAAGUUGAGGAACCAUUGUUUCAUUCCCAUAUCAAUUUAUUAGAGGCCUGUUUGCUAUUAUGCCAAUAUUUUCCUUGUGCACUCUUUCUCUUUUGGGCAUUUUCCUGACAUGUUUUUUACGGUGUCAUAUACUCUUUAGUUGUUUCAGUGGCUGAAAAAGCAAGUGCUAUUACAGUCUUUCUUUAUACAAUGCUCUUCAUUCCACUGAUCAUCCUAGUAGCCUUAUUCUUCACUUCUUCAGUUUGAGGAUGUUUUAAGGUGUUGGUUUUGGUUCUUUUUUCCUCUUGGGUUUUUUUGAUUUGUUUUCUUACUGGAUUAUUUUUGAGCAUGUUUAAGCAGAAUUAUGCUGUGGUCUCAUUAGUGCCUUGUACAAUGGCACUACUACUUUGGUACUUCCCUUUUUGGUAUUUUGGGAUGCAUAAGCAGUUCAAAUGCAGGCAGGUCAUUUUUCUCCAUGUUGUCUUAUAUGAUACCAUAUGGCAUGCCUCAUUUUUUAAUACAUUUGUUUGUAGAAUGAGUGCAGAGAAUGCUAAUUCGGUGGUUAAACCAUCUGCAUGGUUUCUGCUGAAUUUAGAUAUUAGUUGAAAACCUUUCUCAAACCAGGUAAUUAAGAUCUGUUUAUUGAUUUAUUUUGCUCAAGAAUUCUGAAGGUAAUUAAAGAUUGAUUUCUGAAUAGCAGAUGUGCUGUGCAAAUAGUUCUGGGCACUGAUCCUUUUUUAUAUGUAUAUAAAAUUUGCCUUUAUGUAACUUAUUGUGGAGAGCAGUGUACUGUAUUGUACUUAGAAUGAAGAGAAUGCAUUGCAGGACUUCUUGCAAUUGAUUUUCUCAA